AUGGAUCCUAUAUUAGAAAACGAAUCCGCGACCACAGAAUCAUCGAGCAAGCAUGGAAAAAAUAAACACAGAAACAAGAAGAAAAAGAGUAAUCAGGAAAUACAAAAUGAAAAUCAAACUGUUGUUGGAGAGAAGAAAAAAUUCGUAGUCACCACUCUAUCUGGUAGCAAUGAGCAAAAUAUCUCCGAAGGUUACGCUCAAAGCAACGUUCAUACAAUACACUUUGGAACACGUGGCGCUGAAUCACAAAGACCUCACGUUAGAUCAAUUUUCAAAGAUAGACCCCCUGAAACAUCUAGACCGUCAAGUGCAGAGCGCGAUCAAAUAAGUAAAGGUAAGGAAUAUGAGACCUUUCAUGGCACUUCUUCUAGUCCAAGGAGCUCUAUAUUCGACAUAUUUCGAAUUAGGAGAAAGAGUGAUUCCAAAAAACACCAAUCGCUUAUACAAAAUGUCAAGGGUGCUCUAGCCGUACCGCAAAAAUCUGCGGAAUCCCCCGUUGAAUCAACUAGUUCCGAAACAAAAGAUUCUCACAAAAAAUAUUAUUAUACUGUAACGGGGGUAUCGUCUCGAAAGUCUAGCCCGAUUACAAGGGUUAUGGAUAUAUUUAGAAGUAAGCCCCAUCCACAAACAGAACCAAGUACGUCCGACACUACUAAAAAAAAGAGUUCGAAGUCCGCUCGCCGGUCGUCUAUAGGAACGACUUCUCCUACUUAUCACAAAAACUCUUACGCCUCAUUGGAUCCUGUACAAGCCAAACAGUUGUUUAGAGAAGUUCGAGGGUUACCAAAAUAUGAUCCAUAUCUGUCCAUUGUGCAAAUAUCUAUAGGAGGUAGAGAUAAAACCAGACUACUUUUGAACUUUUUUAAAUACCACAAGUGCUACGAAAUUUUACCCAAAUCAGCGAAAGUUAUAAUAUUCGAUACCCAAUUUCCAGUUAGAAAAACUUUUCCAACUCUAGUAUCUCACGGAAUACGUUCGGCUCCGCUGUGGGAUGCUAAUAAAAAAUUAUUAGUGGGCAUGAUAACUGUCACUGACUUUAUUAGAAUUCUUUUACAUCUAGAUAAAGAAAAUUUAUCAAUGGAAGACUUAGAAAAGCAUACUCUUCAUAAUUGGAAAAAGAUUCUGAGGCCCACUAGGAAGCCUUUGUGUAGCGUGGGACCAGAUGAAUCAUUGCACGAAGCGAUCAAUAUGCUCAGUAAGAAUAGAGUUCAUCGUUUAUUAAUGAUCGAUCCUAUUACUGGGGAUGUGUUAUAUAUAUUGUCACACAAAAGAAUUUUACGCUUCCUAUUUGUUUAUCUCAACGAGUUCCCCGAGCUUACGUUUUUCCACAAAACAUUACUUGAUCUGAAUAUUGGAACAUUUGAUGGAAUAAUAUCCGUCACAGAUGAAACCAGCGUUAAAGAAGCUUUUCAGCUUCUUCUAGAUAAUGAUAUAUCUGCCUUGCCCAUACUGGACGAAAACGGCGUACUAUUAAACGUUUAUCCAAAAUAUGAAGUAUUGAAUUUAGUGAGUGAGAAAUUAUACUUGAACUUGUCGUUAACAAUAGGAGAUGUGCGAAACAAAAAGAAAGACUGGGAAGAGAAGUUACAGAAAUGUUCUUCCACCAUAACACUUUACGAGGCCUUAGAAAUAAUUGUUAGAACUGAAAGCCAUCGAUUAUUAUUAGUGAAUAAGGACGAUAAGCUGGUGGGAGUCGUUUCGCUAUCUGAUAUAUUAGUCUACCUUAAUAGGAUAAUACCCGCCGAGAAAAAGGUUUCUUCUCUCCAAGAAAUAUUUAGACCAUUAGAAGUUAAUAAGGUCCCUGAAUCAUUGAAAGAGAGUGAAAACGAAGUGAUAACUAUAAAUGUACCUAUCAUUGCAACAGCGCAGAACGUACCUGAGGCGAACGAAGCCAAUGAUAUAUGUAUUGGUGAUAAUACUAAUGAAACUAAUAUAAAUAGUGAAAUUGAAAUUAAUGAAGAGUCUCCUGAAGCUGACGCCAAGGAUUCAGAAACAGAUGCGGACGUCCAACAAUCUCAGGCGGAGGUAGCUUUAGAUAAUGAGGAGUCAUAA